AUUGCACGCUAAAUUAGUACGUAAGUACGUAAUAAUCAUGUAUUUUUGUUAAAAUUAACCAGAAGAUCGGCACAGGACCAAAAAGUUUAGAAAUUUAAGAGGGGAUUUCUCAUGUAGUUAAGAGAAAGGCAAAAUACUGGGUGAUCCGAUGUCAUGUAGUGUAGUGUAUAUCGUGUAAGAUUCUAAUUUACACAACUAAAAUAACUUAAUAAGUUCGUUAUUUCAACAAAAACUUAAUUUAAAGUCUCACAAGUGUUUUUAUAUUUUUGAAUUUCAGCCAUGUCAGCAAAUAAAAUUGUCAGCUGCGCCGGUGGCAAGUUUUGGAACUACAUGUGUUUUUUUUUUUAAUUCGACGCUGCCAUUUUCGUUUUGUGGCACGGCUAGGCGGCGGUUUUAGCGUAAAAAUUAUUGAAUAGCUGGCAUUUAUAUAAAAAGUGUUCCGAUCACUGUGUUUUGUGUUUGUUCGGCAGUUAACACUUGGAGCGCGAGAGACUUUUGCGCAAAUUGCGCCAAGUAAUUAUUGACUUCCUCGAGUGAAAAGGUGAUGGUAGUCCGGUAGUGCAGCAGCCAUGCCGCUGCCGAAGCGAUGCGUGGAGCCGGUGCACGUAUCGCGCGGCACCGUGCCGGAGCGGCUCGCCGUGCCGUCCGAGCUGGAGGCCGUCACCAACGGCACGCUGGCCAACACUGUGAGGCAAUUGUCGUCACUAUCGAAGCAUGCGGAGGACAUGUUUGGAGAGCUGACGCGAGAGGCGAGCAACCUCGCGGAGCGCACAAACGUGCUGCAGGCACGGAUAGACAGGCUCGCCAUCAAGGUCACGCAGCUCGACUCGGGGGUUGAGGAAGUGUCCCUUCAAGACAUCCAAAUGCGCAAGGCCUUCCGCUCUUCCCGAACAUUCCAGCAACAACUGUUCAGUCGCAACUCCAUGCCGACGGCCAUGUUGGCGACGUACGCGCGCUGCGACCGCCCGCCGCCGCUCGAGAGGCUCAACGAGUUCCGGGACGACGGCAGAGACGCGAGGAAAUUCUACACCGAUCCGGACUACUUCUUCGAGCUGUGGAGAAGAGAAAUGUUGCAAGAUACGGAGCGCAUUCAGCACGAUCGCGGGAAGAAGGUCCGCCAGCCCCGCAGCGGUAGCGGCGCCGACGGGCGCGGCGCGCGGCGCGUGAGGCCGCCGCACUCCACACGAGAAAGACAAAAGGCGGCAGCAGUGACGCGCGGCGAGCAUAUCAUGGCGCCGGCGCAACUGCGGCACUACAACAUCGAGCCGCAGCCGCCGCCGUUGCAGACGCAGCUCUCGCAGCAGUCCAUCCGGCAGGAGUCCGUCUAUGCAACGAGCGUUACCGACGGUGGCUACCGGGUGGGCAUGAACCGGCCGCCGUCGUCCCAGGCGGCGCGGCCGAAUUCCAUCGAGAUCGAGAACCACCAGAACCGACAGCCGAGGCUCACUGGGAACGGGCAUGUGAUGGUGGACGAGAGCCCGUACGGCUCGGUGGAGCCCAUCUACGGCGGCAGCGGCGCCGGCACCCCGCGCCGCCCGCGGCCCUCCGUGCCGCCGCCCGCGCCGCCGCAGGACACGCCCACCGGCCACACGCCCACCAGAUCGACUUUGCCCCCGCCACCGCCGCCGCCGGAAGGCACGACGUCGCCGCCGAUGAUGAACGGCGCGUCGCCGCCGCACCGCACCGCGCUCGACGCGCACCUCGACCACAUGCACGCAGUCAUUGGUAUGAUGUCGGACGCGGGCGCGGGAGUGCCGGUGGCCGCGCUGGCGCCGGCGCCGCUGCCGCCGCCCGCGCCGCCCGCGCCGCCGGCCAUGCCGCUGGCGCCGUCCCCGCCGGCCGGCGCAGGCGGCGAGGAGCGGCCGCGCGCGCCCUCCCGCUCGCUGCUGCGCGGCGCCUCCAACCUCAAGCCGCCGCGCCCCGCCGCCGAGCCCAAGGACGACCCGCGCUCUGACCUGCUCAAGGCCAUCCGCGACGGCAUAAAACUCCGCAAGGUGGACAAGCGCGGUGACGAAACGACAGGCCGCUACGACACACUGCGCGGCGCACCAGCCUUCCUCGACGUGGCGUCUAUCCUCGCGCGUCGCGUGGCCGUCGAGCUCAGCGACACCAGCUCCGGCGCUGACUCCGACUCUGACGACUCCGACCAGUGGACGACCGAGUCUCGCGCGUGACCCCGGGCUUCGCCACGCCGCGAGCCGCGCCUGCACCGGCCCCUCGACCCGUGCCCCGCCCCGGCGAAGCCCGAACACAAGCUGCCCGCACCCGCUACUGCACCCGCACCCG